GUCACACGUGCUCUAUCCCGCCAUUGAUUAGAAUUUUCUGCAUUUGAAGACUAAGCACUAAAGAAAGCGAUUGAAGUGAAUUUGGACGUAAUUUAGCCGAGUCCUGACAAUCAAAACAAACCGCAAGAAGAGUACAAAUAUCUAUGCCAUGUCUGGCUUUAAAGUGGGAAUCGUGCGACUCGGAAGAGCGGCAGGAAAGACCAAAUAUGCUUUGUUAGAUGAACACGACAUAGCCUUAGUGCAGCAAUAUGCCUUUGAGGCAAGAGUUGACGUAGAUCCAGAUGGGAACGGAGCAAAGAUAUACGCAUGGGCUUAUGACAUAAACAGAGGCAGAGCCAGUGGUCAUUUUGUACAUGAACUAUUAUGGGAGAAACACUGUGGAGGAAUAGCACCAGGCUGGAAAGUUAUGCAUAAAAAUGGAAUAACAGUCGACAACCGACUUGAAAAUCUUAGUCUAGUCCCAUCAAACAGAAACUGUGUCCCAAUUGAGGAGGUGCCAAGUAAAAAUCGUGAAACAAGUUUAUACUGGGUAGCCAUUCAGCAGUUGCCAACAGACCCUAUACAGGAGCAGCAUUACCCAGAAUGCCUGUACAACAGGUUCUAUAAUGCUAAUGGUGAGGUAGUUGAAGAAGACGAUGACACUAACGUAUAUUAUGAAUGUCACUAUCCCCCCUGCUCCAGUAUGGAAAAAGAACUUAGAGAAUUUAGUAUAUGUGGGCGCUGCCAAGAAGUCAGGUAUUGUGGUUCAUACUGCCAACAGAAAGACUGGCCAAUACAUAAAAAACAUUGCAGGGAACGAAAAAGGCCAUAUGUUACCGAACGUCCUCCAGAUCGUUAAAAUCCAUUAUUUUCUACAUAGAUCUAUUAUUUAUUUGCCAUUUUGGCUAAAAACAAGAUUUUAAACUAUUAUUAUGAUAUGUCAAAGAGGCUUCAACAGCAGCUUUAUAUGGGAGAAAUGGAGUUCAAGCCAUUCUGAGAUUCUACAGUCUUAUUGGUCAAUUUUGAUGUGACCUGAUCACAUCGACUUGGGAUGGAACUUCUUGUGUUCAUAAUCUUCAUCAAAGUUCGAGAUGACAUCACCAACUAACUUUGGAAUCCAUUAAGCAAUGGAAUGUUGAGCACCAGAACAUAAUGAACUCAAACUGGAAUUCUGAAAUUCACCAUCCAAAUGUUUUCUGUGAUUUUCAUACAAAGGGAUGAAUUAACGAGAACAUCAGUGAACAGACAGAGACACUUGGCUGUACAAUCACAAAGGAAAAACUGGGGAAAUCAGACUUAAAGUUAGUUGGCAUUGGGUAUUCCCCAUCACCCUUUUUAUCUCAGGGGGAAGGAAUGAGGCAGAAACUUGGUGCAAGGCUAGACAUGACUGAAAAACUGUUGAUACACUUACUCCCCUGAACUGGCAGACAUGUUGGGAUAUCAAUUUCAUGAUGAGAAAUUAGAGCUUUGAAUUGGAAGAUUUUCAUUAUGUGUACCAGUAUAUGAUCUCAAUUUAUCUAUCAUCUCUUUAGUCAGUUUAAUCAAGUCAAAGAACUACAACAAAGUAGCACUCAUAGUUCCAUAUUGAUGCUCAACAUUAGACAAUGUGCCAUUUACUAGUGCAACUACUGUAUUGAAAGAACAGAAUAUUGUGUAAGCAAUCACGUCUUAGCGGUCAUAUUUUGAAAUGCAAAAUAGAGUG